UCUACAUGUAGAAAAUACACUACUACAGAAAGGCAAGAAAUAUAUGUUUUAAAAUGCAGAAUGAACAGAGUCUUAAAGAAGAACUUCAACAUAGGCACUAUCUUCUUCUUAGUGAACUUCAAAAUAUGGCUCGUGAGCUGCCGGGGAAGUUUCAGCAAAGAUUGCCAUAUGACCUGCUGUCAGCUUUGGCCAGUGCCCUGCUGGACGGGACAGCAUUUGAAAUAGUGAAGGGCCUGGAGGAGGUGCAGCACUUGGAAGAAAAGAGCUUGUUCACCCAGAGACAGAAGAUGAUAAAUGACCACAGGUCUCAGAGGCAUGAAAUGAGUAAAAAGCACAAGGAGUUAUUAAUGGAGAAUCAGAAUAAACCUCACAACCUUCCAUUGGUAGAAGCACAGGUUGAAAGAGAGUUAGAGACAAUGGAGCGCAGGUGUGAAGAAGAGAUGAAGCGGAGGGAUGCCAAGAUAAUUCUAGAGCUGGACCAAAAACUGAUGGACCAGCAGAGCAUGCUUGAAAAAGCUGGAGUGCCAGGUUUUUUUGUCACCAACAACAGACAGGAUGUUCGACUACAAAUGUACCUGCUAGAGUUCAUUACCAGACUGGCUUCUAAAGAGAGAUAACAUAGAGAUAUGUUAUAGUUAUGCUAGAUUUAUUUAGUAUCCAUCUCUCAGAACAAGUUGUGUUCCUGGAUAACAUCUAAUAUUUACAUAGCAGCCUGUUUUCAUGCUGGAUUUUGUAAGGCUUCACAGAAGCCAAUUUUCAUGCAGGAUGUUUUAAUGUUUAACAAAAGCUUGAUUUCAUUCAGGAUGUAAUGUUUAACAGAAGCUUGAUUUCAUGUUGGACUUUGUAAAGCAUUGUGCUGGAACCUAUUUACCAGCUUGUUACUUUCUUUAUCAAGUCAAUGACUUCAUCAGUGGUGCUAUUCACUGACAGAUUAAACUCCAGUAAGGCAAACUAUCAAAGGCUAUAGUUACAUCAAUAAUUGACCUUAACUGCAGUCAAUCUGCAAGCUAUGGGCAUGUAGGUGUGACAAAUGCAAUAACAUGUUCAGGUCUUAUUACAGGAAACAAAAGUUUAAUCCAGUAUUACAAAUAUUCAUCAUUGAUGAGAUGGUAUGUAUCUCCCAGCCUACAUUUAGACAAGUGGAAAUCUCAUGUAUCUCAGUCUCUACAUAAUGACUAAGUGGUAAGGCACUAUUGACUUAUGUACACUGUUGACACGCCAUGUUAUAAAAUGUUUGUCACAAAUGAAAAUGUGUUGGUCAAUAAUAUAGAUGUGACCGUCCACAUUGGUUGGGCUGUUUUUGCCCCUGGCUAUUUUAAGACAACCCCAGCUAAACAAGUGUAGUGUCUCAAUUUUAGAUUUUAGUAAAUUCUUAUCAUUCAUUUUUAUUGGCAAUCUUUUGUGCUAGGAUUUGUUUUUUAAAACUAAAUGAGUUAAUUCAUUUGCUUUUGAAAGUAUAUAUAUAUAAGUAUAUUUAUUUAUAGAUAUAUAUAGGCCUAUAUAUAUUUAUAUAAUAGUCAGAAAUGGCAAUACAAUUUCUUGGCUUGAUGCUGAAGUGAAUUUAGAACAUAAUGGUGUGUAAAUCUAUUAACAAGGAAAAAAAUGGAGCUGAAGUAGUAUGGUUCUGUAAAAGCUAUAUAUAGAUAAAAAUAAAUAUAUUAUGUAGGCCUAUGUAGGUAUCUAUAUUUUUGUGUGUAUAUAUGUAUAUAUAUAUAUAUAUAAUUAUAUAUAUGAUUGAUAAAGUCUACAAUUUAUUUAUAUGAAUAAAUUGACAUAAAUGGUGCUUUAAAUAAUUAAACGACUAAACAUGGCCAAAAUUGCGGUGAGUAUCGUGUAAACAUUCCACGUUUAGAAAUUUAAACUGCUUUCACUCAGUUUUAUUCCUUAUUCACUUAGCUAAAUGUGUGUUCAUGUUGUAUUUUUUGUUAGUUGCCUCAUGUUUGAAUUUUCCAUUUUAGUAAAAUGUUAUUGUGUUAUGUCCUUUUAACAUCAACUGAUGAUUCUCUUUUUUUACAUUGUCUGAUUAUUAUCUUUCACAUAGA